GCAGAGAGGAGCUCAGGCCUAGCUCAUUUUCGCCUGGCAGGUCAGCUGCUCUGUGUUUCAGUCUGAAGCCGUUGGCUGCUACUGAACCGUUUGGCUCUUUUCUCUACUAGCGAGCAAACCUACAAUCUAGACCCAACUGUCCAUCCAGCUCAUUUUUAAAGGGAUUUAUCAUUAUAUAUGCCCGUGUAUCCAAAACACAUCGGUCAUUGGGGAUUCCUAGCACCGGUUGGCGAGGUCUGAAGGCCGUUAUAACGCUUUUUCGAGGUUUAAUUAGAGGUAGAAAACAACGGUGGUGGAGGAGGAGGAGAUUCCAUAUUAGGAGCACAGAGGAGAAGGCACCCCCCUUGUGUGAUUUGGAGCUUUUGGUUCUGAGCCCAUGGUCCAAGGCCCUGACUGAACUUACUGGUGGGGCAUACAGACUUACUACUGUGGCUAGGUGUGUGCGUGCUGACCUCAUGGUGUAACAGGAGUAAAGAUGAGCAUUAGCAGUGAUGAGGUCAACUUCCUGGUCUACAGAUACCUACAGGAGUCAGGGUUCUCCCACUCAGCGUUUACCUUUGGUAUAGAGAGUCACAUCAGCCAGUCCAACAUCAAUGGUGCUCUGGUUCCCCCUGCUGCCCUCAUCAGCAUCAUCCAGAAGGGCCUGCAGUACGUCGAGGCUGAAGUCAGCAUCAAUGAGGACGGCACGUUAUUUGACGGGCGGCCCAUCGAGUCUCUGUCCCUGAUUGACGCCGUGAUGCCAGACGUUGUUCAGACGAGGCAGCAGGCCUACCGGGACAAGAUGGCUCAGCAGCAGGCCGCCGCUUCAGCUCCGACAUCGGCCACCGGAGGCAGCAUCGCUGGGAACGCCAAGAAUGGAGAGAAUACUGCCAACGGGGAGGAGAACGGAGCCCACGCCUUAGCUAACAACCAUGCAGACCUGAUGGAGGUGGACGGAGACGUGGAGAUCCCACAGAACAAGGCCAUGGUCUUGAGGGGCCACGAGUCAGAGGUCUUCAUCUGUGCCUGGAACCCAGUCAGCGAUCUGCUGGCAUCGGGGUCUGGUGAUUCGACAGCUCGUAUCUGGAACCUGAGUGAAAACAGUACAAGCAGCUCCACACAGCUGGUCCUGAGACACUGCAUACGGGAGGGAGGCCAGGACGUCCCCAGCAACAAAGACGUCACAUCGCUAGACUGGAAUAGUGAGGGCACGCUGUUAGCGACAGGCUCCUAUGACGGCUUUGCCAGAAUAUGGACGAAGGAUGGGAACCUGGCUAGCACACUUGGCCAACACAAAGGUCCCAUCUUUGCCCUUAAGUGGAAUAAAAAAGGCAAUUUCAUCCUCAGUGCAGGAGUAGACAAGACAACAAUCAUAUGGGAUGCCCAUACAGGAGAAGCCAAACAACAGUUUCCCUUCCAUUCAGCUCCGGCACUAGAUGUGGACUGGCAGAGCAACAACACGUUCGCCUCCUGUAGUACCGACAUGUGCAUCCAUGUCUGUAAGCUGGGACAGGACAGACCCAUUAAAACAUUCCAGGGACACACAAAUGAAGUAAAUGCAAUCAAGUGGGACCCCACAGGGAACCUGUUAGCCUCCUGCUCAGACGACAUGACGUUGAAGAUUUGGAGUAUGAAGCAGGACUCGUGUGUCCAUGACCUGCAGGCCCACAGUAAAGAAAUCUACACCAUCAAAUGGAGUCCCACCGGCCCUGGAACCAACAAUCCCAGCGCUAACCUCAUGCUAGCCAGCGCUUCGUUCGAUUCCACGGUCCGUCUUUGGGACGUGGAGAGAGGAAUCUGUAUCCACACGCUGACUAAACACCAGGAGCCAGUCUACAGCGUGGCGUUCAGUCCUGACGGUCGCCAUCUGGCCAGCGGCUCCUUUGACAAAUGCGUGCACAUCUGGAACACACAGACGGGCGCUUUAGUCCACAGUUACAGAGGGACGGGGGGAAUCUUUGAGGUUUGCUGGAAUGCAGCAGGGGACAAAGUGGGAGCCAGCGCAUCAGACGGAUCUGUGUGUGUACUAGACCUUCGGAAAUAGUGUUGCUGUUUGUUGGAAGCCAUGGACCGACCAUGAAUGUGUACAUAGCCAAAUGACUGUCCCUGCCUGCCCUGCGUACUGCUCACGCUUACGACUAUGGCCCCGCCCACCGACAGACAGGAAGCAGGAAACAGGAACAGGAAGCAAGCACCCGACACAGCAGGUCCAGACACAGGGGUGAACAGAUGGACGGACGGACGGACGGACAGACGGAUAAACGGGCGGAUGGAAGCGCCCCUCUCUAUCUGUGCAGACUCUUCCAGAGAUGCAGAAGGGACGCAGUGAAAAAAAGAAAAAACCGAAAGACAAAAAAAAGUUCCAGAUCCGUAUAUGUACCAAAAUUUGGAAGCUAUUUUGCUUUUUUUGAUCUUUAAAAACCAUGCUCAUCGUCAUCAAAAUGAAAAACAAUGAAAAAAGUGUUGAUCUUUGUUACUAGUUGGAUCUCAUUGUGCAGACAUAUCAACUUCUCCACCAUAAAAAUAGGAUGGCACUUAGUUUUUUUAAAUUUCAGAUCUCUUGUUUCAAUGUUUUUAUAUUUUUUAUCUUUGGGGGAGGGGACGGGGCUUGUCAGGUCACAGUUUUAUUAAUUGGAGAAGUACGUACAUACAUAGAAACACUGGGACACGCACCAAACAGUUCUCAAAAAACGAGUCAUCGUCAUGAUUUCAAACCAGUGUGGCAGAUCUAAAGGCUUUUUCUCCUGUGUUUCAGUGCUUUGUGCAGCUGUGAGUGGGUCAUACGGUUAACCUCAACAAAAUGCAGUAGUUCAUGUGUCGUCUCUGUGCGUCCACUGGUCACAUGACACACAUGAUGUACAUCUAGAUGCUUUAAAUCAGCUCCUCUGUGCACUAUUGGAUCGACCCACGGUUCUCUCUGGACUCUUAUCUGUGAUGGAAACUAAAGUUUUUAAUUGGCGAGAAGCUGACCUCCACAUGUCUGAAUGUUCAAGGCAGUUUUAAGUUGUCAUAUUGUCCUCAGCCAGUAGGAUUACAGCAGUUCUUUUUCACCUUUACUCAUCUGUAAGACACAACAUUUCUAAUGUGUUUCACCCUCAAACGCCUCAAAUCACCAAACACACGAUGCUCUGAAGUGUGGUGGUAAAACGGCAAAAGUUUUCACAGAUUCUCCGUGGUCAGAUGCUCUGGAGGUAGAAAUGAUAUCAGCGGGCAGAUCCAAAGAAAAACCCAUCGAGGGAAAGAGCUCCACAGUGUUACUGACUGUGGAGCUCAGCUGUGUUUCUCAUUCAUUUGGGAGCGUGCACGCAUUAUUUAACAGCCUGAAUUAGUUCUUUUUUUGUGUAUUUGUCCAAGUAAAACCAAAUACACACAAACGGUUGGUAGUUCCUUUUUUAGCUGAAUCAUUACAGUUAGGGCUCAUUUAUGUUCAAUUGUUCCAUGCGGAUAAGGAUGGAGAUUUUAGUCCUAACUUUUCUUUCAUUUUGUUCAUAUUUCUGUAUCUCUGAAAGCUUACAGACACGGAGCAAAUGGAGCAGCAAAUAGAGAGAUGGCCGUCUGACUAGUGAUGUGCCAAUGAAGCCUCAUGAAGCAUUUUCUUUAUUUU